AUGUUUUCUGAACCUGGCCUGAAACAUGUGGUGUGGAAAAACAAAGACGUAAAAAUGAACAUGGCAGGAAACCUGAUUGAAACUCUCGAUGUCAACAACGAAAAUCAGGCGCUUUAUAUCUGCACUACUAGUGACUUUCCGGUUGAACAAAUCGAGGAUUACGUUCCAGUAGGAGAUCAUAAUGCUCUCGAACGACUUCAAUUGGUGCGGUGUUUCUAUUUGUCGGAAAUAAUAGAGUGUUUCGAUCUGUUUGAGGAAGCAAAAUAUGUGGUGAUCCAAGAUCUUGAGGCUGUUUAUAAAUUGGGAUUGGCCAGGAAUUAUUCCGAAGGUAUGUUAGUUUAG